AAAAACAAGAUAAUUAAAUAGUUUAUUUUUGCUCUUUUCUUAGUGUGCAAAGAUGUUUUUAAGCUGGUUAACAGUUCUGUACAACUGGACAUACAAAAAAAAUGGAACAGCCGAUAAAGAUAUUGACUGGACAUUUAAAGCAAAAAGUCUCAUUGUGAGAUAUAAUGGAAAUCCUCCAAGUAGAAUAUUUAGAGGUUAUAAAGACAGGGUGGAGUUUAAUGAGGAAACCUACAGUCUGACACUGAAGAACUUACAGAAGAGUGAUAGUGGAAUCUAUGAAGCAGAAGCCUCUGGUGAAACGAAGGAAGUUGUUGCUAUGUACCAACUACAUGUGUUCGAUCUAGUGGAGAAACCAGUCCUUACUGCUUCUCAUCAGCAAAGCGAUGACUUCUGUAAUGUGACUCUCACCUGUGAAGCUCAGAAGCUCUCAGUAACCUCUCACUGCUACAAUGAUAAUUGUGAUAUGAAGGAAAAGAAUACAUCUGGAGACAUGUUUCCAUUCCUCUCACUGUAUGUUAGUAACAACAUUAUUUGUAAUCAUAGCAACCAAGUGAGCUGGAAAAAUACAACUAUGGAGAUAAACAUGUGAAAGCUUUACAAGUGUUUGAAAUUUUCAUUUAUGUGCUGGUACCAUGAGUUGUCAAAAGACAAAAACUGUCUAAAAAGCAUUAUGGUGUGAUCAAGAUCACUGGAUACAAACAAAAAAGUAAGCGUUCUAUGGAAGAAGCGAGUGGUCUGGAAUGCAGAAGGAAUAAUAAGUCAACCUGACUACAUACUUUUUAGGGAAUUCUCAAUUAUGCACUCAUUUAUGUCAAUCCUACAAUCUGCCUGCCUAGAAAACUAAAAUAUAUGCUAAUUAUUUUAUUACUUCUGCUAGCAAGCUCCAUUGAUCUGUGCAUUGGUCACGUCCAUGUUGCUAUAUUGAUGUCUGGAUGCUGCGGUUUGUAUUUCUUUUUUAUUUUUUCUGUCUUUUCUAUGUAUAGGGAGACUGUAAAUAUGAACUACCCUAUUAAUAAAGGAAAAAAUAAAAUCUGGAUAACAGUCCAACAUUGUGGACCAUCAGUGCUCAUGUGAGUGACAUUAUAUUAGAAAAUGAUUUAGUAAAUCUUAAGAACAACCUUCAAUCCAGCCAAAUAUGUAUAAAAUAAAAAAGCAAAUAAAAUAUUUAUAUAGGUUCCAAAUUCAGAACUGUGUAAGUGCCAUCCUCACAUUUAAAUCUUUUCAAUUUGUUUCACUUUUUAGAUCUUUAGAAUCAUGUGCAUUCAUUGCAGCAGUUUUUCUGUUCUUUUAGCUCUGAGCAGAGCUCCAUGUCAUAGUUUUCGAUUUCUGAAUCCAAACUUAGAAAAAAGGUUUAAAAAAUAUAUUAAAAAAAGAAGAGAAUAAUUGUUGCACUUAUUUUGUUGAAAAAUUAGUUAUCUUCCUAAAUUAUUCUUGCUAAAAUCUCAAGCAGUGGUGCUUGAAGGUUGUUGAAGCAUCUAGAAUUUUCUAUAUUUCUGCAAAAAAGAUGACCCAAAACACUCAGAUUUUCAUGGUUUCCAACAGCAGUGUGCAGCAAUAACUGCAAGUAACCGUUUCCGCUAACUGUUGAUCAGUCCUGCAUUUAUGUGAAAAUCUGAUGUUUUGGGUCAUAAAUUCACAGAAAUAUAGAAUAUUCUAAACAUUUUAUAAUAUACUGUAUAUUAUCUUCUAAUAAAAAUGACAUUUUAAAGCCAUU